UGCCCCGUCUACCCGCCAGCAAGAGCAAAGCAGCAACAUGUCGCAAAAGGGCUCCUGCACCACGUCGUGCGCGUCCAAGUGGGCGCUGUACGCGGCGAUCCUGGCCGUGCUGUACGGUAUCGGCUCGUACCUGCAGUCGAUCAACUCGUCGUUCUACCGCAUGGACCCGGCAGGCCUGAACGACGUGUUCCAGGCCACGCUGGCGACUGCGCGCGCCGCGGGCCAGGACCAGAACGCGACGUUCCUCGUCGAGACGGUCAUUGGCGGCAUUGAGAAGCAGUACCCCGCCGUCCGGUUCCGCAACGACUUUACCGACAAGUCGCAGUGGAUGUUUAACAAUGCCGGCGGUGCCAUGGGCUCGAUGUUUAUCAUCCACGCGAGCAUUACCGAAUACCUCAUCAUCUUCGGCACGGCGACGGGCACCGAGGGCCACACGGGCGUGCACACUGCCGACGACUACUUCCACAUCCUGAAGGGGCAGCAGCUGGCAUACUCGCCGGGAGCGCUCGUGGCAGAGGAGUACAACCAGGGCGACGUGCACUGGCUCCCCCGGGGCGAGGUGCAGCAGUACAGCAUGCCCCGCGAGUCGUGGGCGCUCGAGUAUGCGCAGGGCUGGAUCCCGCUCAUGCUGCCGUUCGGGUUCGCCGACGGCAUCCUCUCGACGCUCGACGUGUGGACGCUGUACAAGACGGCGGUUAUCACCGGCCGCCACAUGAUUGGUAACCUGCUCGCGGGCAAGAUCUAGGGCGUGGCGUAGAGUAGAGCGCACAGCGCACGUAGAUUGCAUGAAGGACGCAUGAGCAUGG